GGGAAAUGUGUGCGUGAGGAAGAGGGGGGCCGGGGGUGAUCGAGAGAGGAAGUCCAGCUUGGCAGGGCAGGGCAGGGCGUAAGCGAGAGAAGAAGAGAACAGCAGUGCAGACUACGUAGGCUUGAGUAAAGACAAAAAAUAGCCAAGGGAGAAGUAGAUGUGAGAAAGACUACAGCAGGGAACACAACAACACACACUGCCUGGACAUUUAGAGGGGAAUCAUGGCCUCUCUGCUGUUUGGAUCGAUCUGUGUUCUCUGCAUCUUGUCAGCACUCACGCACACAGCUUCCUCGCAACAGUUAAACACAGUCUACAGGGUAUGUGCACGAGGUUUCUUCCUGAGUGAGCAGGAAACAUGUCUCCCCUGUAACUGUAAAGGCCAUGCUGACAGCUGCGAGGACAUUACUGGGAUAUGCAUUGAAUGUCAGCACCACACUUUUGGAGAUUUCUGUGAUCAAUGUGAAGAUAGAUAUUUACCUGGGUUUCAUCCUGAUGGCACCUUUGUGUGUAGACCAUGUGCCUGCCCGCUAUCAUUGGAAUCUAACAACUUUGCAACUCGCUGUGAUAAGAGAGGUAAUUUUCUGAGAUGUGUGUGCCAGGAAGGGUAUGCUGGACACUACUGCGAAAGAUGUGCCCCAGGUUUCUAUGGCAAUCCAAUGGAGUUGGGCAAUUCCUGCAAAAAGUGUGACUGUAAUGGCAACUCUGACCCAAACCUUAUCUUUAAUGAGUGCAAUAAUGUGACGGGCGAGUGUCUGAACUGUUGGGGUAACACCAGUGGUGACAACUGUGAAAGAUGUGCACUGGGUUUCUAUGGAGAUGCCAUCAGUGCCAAAGACUGUCGGGAAUGUCAGUGUGAUAAGUGUGGUACUGCAUCAUGUGAUGACAGGACAGGUGUUUGUCACUGUAAGCCUGGAGUCACAGGUCACCUAUGUGACAGAUGUGAGGAGGGUUAUUCUGGAUUUGGCAGCUGUAUGGGUUGCCGUCGGUGUGAAUGUGCCUCUGCUGCCCUCCGUGCCACCUGUCACCCUCUUACACACAGCUGCCAGUGCCGCCCGGGGGCUGGAGGCCGGUACUGCGAGCGCUGCCUGCCAGGAUUCUGGGAUUACAGCCCAUCCGGCUGCAAGAAAUGUGAUUGUCCAGAGGAGAAUUGUGACAUGCACUCAGGAGAGUGUCUACCUGAGGCCUCGAAAAUCAGCGAGUGUAAUAUCAACUGUGAUGCGUGUAUCUGGAGUCUGAUCGGAGAUAUUCGUCAGUCCAACAAAACUCUGGACCAAGUGAAAAACAGCGUGCUGAACAUUUCUACCGGGGCUGCUGCCAACGACAGAUUAAAGUACUACAACUACACUGCACACAGACUACAGGAUCAGUUUUUAGGCUGGAGAAAUAAGUAUGCAGUGAUGAGAGCAGAUACGGGGCGCCUGGAGGAAGAAACCCAAAAACUGCUUACUGACAUGGAACUGGUCGCAGAAGAGCUUAAUCUGAAAGGAAGUGAUGCAAAUGGACAUGUACAGAAAGCCCUGAACGCCUUGACUGUGUAUGACAAUAUUGUCAAAAACAUAGAUGAUGCUAACAUCACUGCCCUGACCGCUCUCAACAUCUCCAGCAGUACUCAUGACGCUACUGAUGUAUUAAACUCUCAACUGAACCUCACGCGCUCUCAGAGUAACGAUAUCUUCACAGAGGCCUCAUCCUUGUACUUUAAGCAGAAAGAUGUUGAAUCCGCAGUCCUUGACAAUAAGAAAUACAUUGAAGAGACCAAUGAUAUGAUGGAAAGCUCCUCUAAAAAAAUAGCUAAGAUCAUUAGUGACAUCAAUGCAAUUCAUAAAGAUCGAACUCCGAAACGUCUGCAGUUCACUCAGGAAGUGGCUGAGGGCACUCUGAACCGCUCUGCUGAAGUGUUGCAGAUGGUGACACCCAUCUUAAAGAGAGUGGAGGAGUGGGAUAGCAACAUGAAAAAUGAGGCGUACUCCGCCACAGCUUUUGAGCGCACUGUUCUGUCUGCCGGCGAAGCAGUUGAAGACCUGUCAGAGAUUGUGCCAGAGCUACUCAGUAAGCUGCGUGUGGUUGAAGAGAAAAAACCUGUGAAUAAUGUCUCCACAAACAUCAUGAAAAUCAGAGAACUCAUCGCACAGGCCCGCAGUGUCGCAAAGAAGGUGCAAGUGUCCAUGAAAUUUAAUGGCCAGUCUUCUGUAGAAGUUCAUCCCCACUCCAACCUAGACGAGCUAAAGACAGUCACGUCCAUCAGUUUCUACAUUAGAGUGGACCCAGACAAAGACCCCAUAGAAGAUCGCUUCCUACUCUACUUGGGAGACAAGCAAGGACGUAAGGACUACAUGGGACUGGCCAUAAAGAACGAUAAUUUGGUGUAUGUGUAUAAUCUGGGAGGAGAGGUUGUAGAGAUUCCUCUCAGUUCAAAGCCAGUGAGCUCCUGGCCGCCUGUCUUCAAUCUUGUUAAAGUGGAGAGGUUGGGUCGGCAUGGUAAACUGUUCCUGACGGUUCCAAGUCAAGACACCACCGCAGAGCAGAAGUUUAUCCAGAAAGGAGAGGCAGAUGGGACAGACUCCUUGUUUGAUCUUGAUCCUAAAGACAAUGUUUUUAUCGUGGGAGGAGUGCCUCCUGAUGUAAAGGUGCAAAAAUCUCUUUUUUCUAAGGACAAUGUCUCAAACAGGGUUAAAGGCUCUGAUAUACUCAGUGAAGUUCUUUUUCAUUCUUUGUUUAGGGGUAAAAAUAAGUUUGAAAUGCCUUUGCAGCGGCAUAAGUUGGCUUUCUCUCAGAGUCGUGUGACAAGUUUUUUGUUUGAUGGCAGCGGCUUUGCUUUAGUCAACAACAUUGAGAGAAGAGGCAAAAUUGGCAUUGUCACUCGGUUUGAUAUCGAAGUUCGAACUGUUGCCAACAAUGGCAUUUUAUUCCUCAUGGUUAAUGAGGUAAAUAUGGUUUCAUUGUCAAAGACUGUUGUUGUCUUCUACCUGCAGAUGUCCCGUAAGGUGUAUUUCACGGGUGAUGGCUAUCUGGGCUCUACAGCUAAAAUCUCACCAUUCCAGUCUUUUGAAGGAGGACUAAACUUCAGAACACUACAGUCCAAUGGACUCCUAUUCUACCACAGAGAUGGGCUGGAUGAGUUUUCUCUCUCAGUGGAGAAUGGUGCUGUGGUGCUCCAGUCCAAAGGAACCAGAGUCAGAUCACAUAAGAAGAAUUAUAAUGAUGGACGAUCUCAUUUCUUAGUUGCCUCAGUCACCAAUCAGAAGUAUGAACUUGUCAUUGAUGACAAAGACAAGCAGGAUAAGAAGAAGCCGUCUUCCUCAUCUCAGUCAGAUAAUGUUCCAAAGACUUUCUACUAUGGAGGCUCUUCUACGAGUUCCAUACAGAAUUUUACUGGGUGCAUCAGUUACGCAUACAUUAGCAGGCAGGAUAGAGAUAUAGAGCCAGAAGACUUCCAACGUUACAGUGAGAAUGUGCAGGUGUCGCUCCAGGACUGCCCACUAGAGAGACCCCCUGCCGCUCUCCACAAUAAAGACAGCAGAGAAUCAUCUAGAAGAAGUCCAGGACAUUCCCGCAAGGUGGGCAGGGAUGAGUCUAGCCUGCCACAUGGCUUGAAGAACAAUCCUUUGGAUGCUCCGGAGACAGAGGCUGCUUCCUGUUACCUGUCCUCUCGCCCCCGAGUGACCCGCCAUGCCCACCACUAUGGCGGUUUUGCCCACAGCCGACAUGAGUACACAGGAAUUGCCAGUGUUAUCAGAGAUGAAUCUCACUUUUCUCUAUCGUUGAAAACUCAAUCAGCAUUCGGACUUAUCUUCUACCUGGCUGACGAGUCUGAGGAGAACUUCAUGGCUCUGUUCCUCACUCACGGAAUGCUGGUAUUCACAUUCAGCUCGGGCCAGAACCAACAGUAUGACUCCUUUAAUUUUGGCUCAAGACUUAAGAUGGUGAUGGAGGUGCGCCCUCGUGUGGCGUCAGGAGUGCUUCUGCAUGUCUUCACCGGAGAGAAGGAAUAUCUCACCCUGUACAUCUAUCAAAACCAGGUGGUUGUUGUGGUGAAUAAUGGUAUCCGUGAGUUCUCCACCUACGUGUCUCCUAGACAAGAAGUCUGUGAUGGAAACUGGCACAAAAUCACAGUGAUCAGAGAUGGUAACGUGGUGCAGCUGGAUGUGGAUUCAGAGGUGAAUCAUGUUGUGGGGCCUGUGCGUGAAACAGCACAGAACAGCAGUGCUCCAGUGUUUAUUGGAGGAGCCCCAGCCUCCAUGCUGCCUCACAGUCUCCACAGCAAGAGGGGCUACACGGGUUGCAUGAGGAACCUGUCGGUGAACGAGUCUCCUGUGAGCUUCAGUAAAGCGGCUUUGGUCAGCGGUGCAGUCGGUGUGGGCGCCUGUCCUGCUGCUUGAGCGACGGCAACAGAAAUCACUCUGUGUUAUUGCUUGUGUUUCAGUAAAGAAUGAAGCACCACUGUCUCUUCAGCAUCAUUUAUAACUACAUUAUUCUAUCACUAUGAAAUAUUUAAUUAAUUACUAAUGUACUGUAAUCCAGAGCACUGCAAGCAUUGUGUUGAUACAAAAAGAUCUUAAACUGACGUAUAUAAUUACUAAAAACCUGAUACUUUAAACAAAUAUGUGCAAAAUAUUAACAAAGCCAUACAGUACACAUUAAUAAAG